AUGCAGGGACCACGCAAGCUGUGUGUUAAGGAAAUGAACAGUGGCAUGGCAAAAAAGCAGGCCUGGCUCACAAAGAACAAAAGAAAAGCCUUUUAUGCAGCAGUGGCAGCUGACAGCUUCAGAGAUGGAGUCAAAAGUCUACUUCAAGCCUCAGGCUUGGGUAGAAUGAAACCAAAUACUUUGGUGAUCGGAUUUAAGAAGGACUGGAGAAAUGCCACCGCCACGCAAGUUGAAAACUAUGUGGGCGUUAUACAUGAUGCCUUUGAUUUUGAGCUUGGCAUGAUUAUCGUCAGAAUUAGCCAAGGAUUUGAUAUAUCUCAGGUCCUCCAGGUUCAAGAGGAAUUAGAGAAGCUGGAACAGGAAAGAUUGGCACUGGAAGCUACCAUUAAAGAAAAUGAUUUUGAAGAAGGAAAAAGUGGCAUUUGUGGAUUCUUCAGAAAAGCCAGCACACUCAAUAUCUCAAAACAUGAAACAAAAAAGGAGAGCACCAUUAACACAAUACAGUCAAUGCAUGUGGGUGAAUUCAAUCAGAAGCUGCUAGAAGCCAGCACUCAAUUUAAAAAGAAGCAAGGAAAAGGUACAAUUGACAUUUGGUGGCUGUUCGAUGAUGGAGGUCUAACAAUCCUAAUUCCUUACAUUCUAACUAUCAGGAAGAAGUGGAAAAAUUGCAAAUUAAGGAUCUUCACUGGAGGAAAAGUCAAUAGGCUUGAAGAAGAAAAACUAGUGAUGGCUUCACUUCUAAGCAAAUUCAGAAUAAAAUUCGCUGAUAUUAAUAUCAUUUGUGAUAUCAAUAUAAAGCCCAACAAAGAGAGCUGGAAAUUCUUUGAAGAGAUGAUUGAGCCAUAUCGCCUCCAUGAAAGCUGCAAAGAUAUAACAACUGCUGAGAAAUUGAAGCGAGAGACUCCAUGGAAAAUUACAGAUGCAGAGCUGGAAGCAUUCAAGGAGAAGAGUUACCGCCAAGUUCGUCUGAAUGAACUCUUACAAGAGCAUUCGAGGGCAGCUAACCUCAUUGUCCUGAGCCUUCCAGUGGCAAGAAAAGGAGUAGUGUCCGAUUAUCUAUAUAUGGCUUGGCUAGAAAUUCUCUCCAAGAACCUUCCUCCAAUCUUAAUGGUCAGGGGCAACCACAAAAAUGUACUGACUUUCUAUUCUUAG